UUCCAGUGGUAUAAAUACUACCCACCUCCCAUAACCCCACUGUACCAAAACCCCACCCACCUCUUUCCCUCUAAUGGCUCUCUAUCAAAAAACCAUGCUCCUAAUAUGUCUCUUCUUCCUCAUCUCUCCUUCUCUUUCAGCCAAAGAGAGCAAGUACCUGAACAACACCACUUUUUCUCUCUCUUUCCCCCUUACUACUUCUCUACUUUCUCUCUCUCCAAACACAUCCAAACCUCUCCAUCAUGCCUCUCUCAUUUCAAACUCCAAGCGAAUCCCAAGACUCGCAUCGUACAACCACAAGCUCUCCUUCAAGUAUUCAAUGGCUCCGAUUGUUUCUCUCCCCAUAGGCACUCCUCCACAGACCCAGCGGAUGGUUUUGGACACUGGCAGCCAGCUCUCAUGGAUUCAGUGCCACAAGAAGACCCCCAAGCCAAAGCCACCACCUCCUCCGAUGGCGUCGUUUGACCCUUCUCUCUCCUCUACUUUCUCUGUUUUGCCUUGUACUCACCCUAUUUGCAAACCCCGAGUUCCCGAUUUUACCCUCCCCACAUCUUGCGACCAAAACAAACUCUGCCACUAUUCCUACUUCUAUGCUGAUGGUACUUUGGCCGAGGGCAAUCUCGUCCGAGAAAAAAUUACCUUUUCUCCUUCCGUAAGUACCCCUCCCUUGAUCCUUGGAUGCGCUAAGGACACCACUGAUAGCGAAGGUAUUUUGGGUAUGAACCGCGGGCGGCUUUCAUUUGCUUCCGAAGCCAAAAUCACAAAGUUCUCUUACUGCAUACCCGCCCGCCCGGCUCAAACCGGGUCUAAUCUGCCAACCGGGACUUUUUACUUGGGAAAUAACCCGAAUUCCGCGGGAUUCCGAUACGUUGACAUGUUGACUUUUGAUCAAAGUCAACGCAUGCCCAAUUUGGAUCCCCUUGCCUAUACAGUUGUAAUGUUGGGGAUAAGAAUUGGCGGGAAGAAGUUAAGUAUUUCACCGUCUGUUUUCCAGCACGACCGGAGCGGGGCGGGUCAGACGAUGAUCGAUUCCGGCUCCGAGUUCACGUACUUUGUGGACGAGGCUUAUACUAAGGUGAGGGAAGAGAUUGUGAGACUGGUGGGACCGAGGUUAAAAAAUGGCUACGUGUACGCGGGGGUAGCCGACAUGUGUUUCGACGGUAAGGACGUGGAGAUCGGACGGCUGAUAGGAGAUAUGGUGUUUGAGUUUGACAAAGGAGUGGAGAUUGUGACGCCUAAAGAACGAAUUUUAGCCGAUGUUGGUGGUGGGGUCCGGUGCGUGGCAAUCGGGCAAUCCAGCACGCUCGGUGCGGGGAGUAAUAUAAUCGGGAAUUUUCAUCAGCAGAAUCAAUGGGUGGAAUUUGAUCUGAGUAAUCGUAGAGUUGGGUUCGGUAGGGCCGAUUGUAGCAGAUCAGUGUGAGUCAAUAUAGCUAGCUGUUGGAGUCGCAAAAGUCGUAUUAAACGCAAGAGGACAAAAAGGUCAUUUUCGUGAUAAUAGAAGAGUCUAAGUGAGAUGGAACUAGUUUGGCAUGGCCCAUGCAAUUAGUGGUAUCAAUUUAACUCCCCCGGUAUAGAAACUACUGUAUCAUGAUGUGAUAUAUGUUGAGAUUAAUAUAUAUAUAUAUACGAGAAUGUGAAAUAUUUUAUCA